AUGCAACUUCAAAAUCUUACUGCGCACAUUGAAUCUUUGCUCAAGACCACAAUUUUUCCUUCUUUAGCCCAGACCGAUGCGCUACCAUCACAACCCUUGGUCCCAUUGAAUCCCAAUCGAGUUUACAAGGUCACCCGAUACCUACUCAUUUGCUUAUAUGAGAAUUUGACGGGCCCGCUUAUUCCGUCCGUGCUUCAAUAUGUAAGGGACAAGUUGUCCAGUAAAAGGAGGACAAUAUCCGCCAAGAAAAACGUCAAAUAUGGGCCGAAAGAACGCAAUCGUCUUGAUAUCUACUAUCCCGAUCGGGGUUCCACCAAGGAUAAUUCACGUGCUGGAUUUCCUGUGAUCAUCUUAAUUAGUACUUCCUGGAAUUCUGGAAACCGCGCGACUUGUAUUCCUGUGGCCGAGAAUCUCAUAAGCCAAAGAUAUGUCGUUGUGGUUCCGGACAUCACCCUUUAUCCAGAGGGAAAAAUCUCGGAGAUGGUUGCAGAUGUUCAACAGUGCAUGUUUUGGACAAGCGCCCGUAUACGCCAAUAUCGUGGUGAUCCCUCUCAAAUUUAUCUCAUGGGGCAUGCCGCGGGAGCAGUGUUGUCAGCUUUAACAGUAAUUCACCAUGCCUGUGCUACGUUGCGCCUCCUUCCACCCAACAACACGCGAUUACAUCUUCCCGUUUGGAACGAAACAGCUAAGAAGGGACUUGAGCACGUUCACGCCAUGCCUCGAGUAAUGGGGAAUACCGCCGAAUCUUUACGACAAUGUUCGCCUGCACAUUUAAUCCACAAUGUGUUGAUGAGCACACAAAAGUACGAAAAGUUUAGGAAGCUAUUACCAGAAAAGACGGUAUUGAUUCAUGGCGCAAAUGAUACCUUCAAUCCAUCGAUAACUGCGCGAAAUUUUUAUUAUCUACUUAACUCUAUGGGAGUAUCAGUGCAAUUCAAGAUUUAUAAAGAUAUCAAACACAUUAGUCCUCGUAUAGACUUGAUUGCUCCUAGCAAGAAAUUGUGUACGCUUUUAUUGGACGACAUCAGAGAAUGCUGUCAGAUGAGUGAUGACCCAAUAGUAAAGAAAAAAAGUUGGGAUGAGCGAGAGGAGUGA